CCCGCCCCAUACCCGGUCAAUGCAAGAAUUCCUCGCAUUGACUGAAUCGGAGGUGGGCGGAUACCCGCGGUCAUGGAUUUGAUUGCCAUAGCCGUCGCCCUUCGCCCCCUGUCUCUCUGUCUGAUUCUGCCCUCUACUUCUGCUGUUGUGGUGGGGAUUUGAAUCGUCUGUGUGGAGAGGUUCUUCGGCGGCGCAGCUAAGAGCGAGGAGCAUAUGGGGAGCGGAUGGGUAGAUGGAGUCAGGCCUGCUCUUGGCGACAGUUUUGCAACCAACCUUCCCCGAUCGGAGUUACUGCUGUCGGCUGCGGCAAUUUCUUCAGGGUUCUGUGGGGAAGGGUUCUGAAAACAAAAAAUAUUUUAUAAAAUUAUGUAAUAUCCAUGUGGCAUGGUCAAAUGUUUGACUUUUUACCACAUCAGCUAAAUCCUCAUCUCAUUUAAAAUUUUGCCACGUCAUUUUUUCGUAGGUUAUAUCUUUACGGUCAACCGAAUGAAAAGUUGACAAUUUGACAAUAUUUUUUAAAAAUAUGAUUAUUAUUUUAUUUAAAAUAAAAAAUUUAAUUAUUAAAUUAUAUUUACCUAGACAUUAAUUGUAGAUCGAACCAUUCCGCUUUCUUAAUUUUUUUUUUUGGUAGAAAAAAAAUUAUCCAAACUUGUAAUUUAACGCUAUAAGGCUGAGUCCAAUGGGCACCCCAUUUAUGGGGGAAUCUGCAAAAAUGGAGGAGGAGAUGGUCCAAUGGAGAGGUUUGGGUCUCCAAAAAUGGAGGAUCCUGCAAAUGGAACUCCAAAUUUGGGGGUGGAAAUGGGGGAUCCCCCAAAUAUAGAGGCUCACCAAAGCCCGCCACGUGGCUUUUCUUUUUCUUUUUAAGAUUUUAGGGGUUAAUUGAGAGUUUAAUUAGGGGAUUAGUUAGGGAUUUAAUUAAAUCAAUCAUUUUCAAGUGUUGUGUAUAAACCCAAAUUAGGUACAUAAUUUUUUGCCAACAAAAAUUCGGACUCGGAAUUUAACAAAAUUCUAUCGAAAAAUUUGUAUUUAAAAAUGAUGACGAACUAUAUAAAAAUUAACAUGAAUAAAUUAUAUUAAGACUACGAUAAGUACAUUUUUAAGUAAAUGGAAAAACUAGAAAAAUGAAAAUCCCCAAAUAUGAAAAUUGAAGCAUUGGAACAAAAUAAGGGAAAAUGGAGAUCAAUCCCCAAAUUUGGAGAUGAAGGCCCAAAUUUGGGAUUUUGCAUUGGACUUGGACUAAACAAAAUCAAACUCUGAACUCUCCCCAACAGUACUACAGUACGGCCUUUCCAAGGCCACCACCAUCUACCUCUCGCUUUCUCCGUCUCCUUCCCAACUUCCCUCGUUCAGCUCUCCUCUGUCCUCUCCUGUUCUGUUCAGUGCAAGUCCAGCCAGCAUUCUCCAUUGGAAAGCCGGCGGGCGGAGUCAACCAACAACUAAAGGGCGCGGAGACUCGCCGUCAUCUCCGUGUCUCAUGGAGUCUCUCUCCCUUGCUUCCAUUACUGACCCCAGGACCAUCUCUCCGUCUUCCUAUUCUUCUCCUUCUCUUCAGAUUCCUCGACGUCUUGCCCAUUCAAAUGGCUUCUUCCCGUUAUCAAGCACCGGGUUUCUAGGCAGAAUGACGAGCAGGGGUCCGGUUGGGGCGGAAAUGGUGAAACAGACUGCAUCGGAGAUCGAUUUCAGUGAUCCGGAGUGGAAGUUCAAGUACCAGAAGGAUUUCGAGCGCCGUUUUAAUAUUCCACACAUAACUGAUGUAUUCCCCGACGCCCGGCCGAUUCCUUCUGCGGAUGAGGACUCCGGUGUCUGAGGAAUUUGCCGGCGGUUAUCCCUCUGAUGAGGAAUGGCAUGGAUACAUCAGUAAUAGCGACAGGGUCCUUCUCAAGACUAUAAAUUUCGCAUCACCCAACUCAGCUGGAGCAGUGUGCAUUGACCCUGCCUGUACCUGGGUUGAACAAUGGGUUCACCGUGCUGGACCUCGGGAGAAGAUUUACUUCAAACCUGAGGAAGUGAAGGCUGCUAUUGUUACUUGUGGUGGAUUAUGUCCUGGGCUCAAUGAUGUCAUCAGACAGGUUGUCAUUACACUUGAAAUAUAUGGUGUUAAAAGUAUUGUGGGGAUUCCUUUUGGUUAUCGUGGAUUUUCUGACAGCGACCUUAGUGAAAUGCCACUGUCAAGGAAAGUGGUUCAGAAUAUCCAUCUUUCUGGUGGAAGUUUGUUAGGAGUUUCACGUGGAGGUCCCAGUGUCAGUGACAUCGUUGAUAGGAUGCAGGAAAAGGGAAUCAACAUGCUUUUUGUACUAGGUGGGAAUGGUACACAUGCUGGGGCCAACGCCAUACAUGAAGAGUGCCGUAAUAGGAAGCUGAAGGUAGCCGUAGUUGGGGUGCCAAAGACCAUAGAUAAUGACAUUUUAUUGAUGGAUAAAACUUUUGGAUUUGAUACUGCUGUAGAGGAAGCACAAAGAGCAAUUAAUUCUGCCUAUAUUGAGGCUCACAGUGCUUAUCAUGGAGUUGGAAUCGUGAAAUUAAUGGGACGUGACAGUGGUUUUAUAGCUAUGCAUGCAUCCCUUGCUAGUGGACAGAUUGAUAUUUGCUUGAUACCAGAGGUACCAUUUGAAUUACAUGGACCUCAUGGUGUCUUGACACAUCUCAAAUACUUGAUUGAGACAAAGGGAUCAGCUGUGGUCUGUGUGGCAGAGGGAGCCGGACAGAACUUGCUUCAGAAAACCAACGCUAAGGAUGCCUCUGGAAACAUUGUACUAGGUGACAUUGGUGUACAUAUCCAACAAGAGACGAAGAAGUAUUUUAGGGAGAUUGGCGUUCAUGCCGAUGUUAAGUACAUAGAUCCAACAUACAUGAUUCGUGCAUGUCGUGCAAAUGCCUCAGAUGGAAUUCUAUGCGCUGUUCUUGGACAAAAUGCUGUCCAUGGCGCAUUUGCAGGAUACAGUGGGAUCACAGUAGGCAUAUGCAACAACCAUUACGUCUAUUUCCCCAUUCCGGAAGUCAUCGCGUACCCGAGACCCGUAGAUCCCAACAGCCGUAUGUGGCAUCGCUGCUUGACUUCGACUGGGCAGCCCGACUUCAUCUAAGCUUCUAACUCUGGAUUCAUUCUUGACCUCUAGAACUAGAGGUGGCAAAUGGAUGGUGGAUUGGUGGAUUCAUGGAUCAAAUGGGUUGGAUCCAAUGGAUUGGUGGAUUCAUGGAUUGGAUCAAGUGGAUUGGUGAUUAUCCAUGAAUUCAAAUGACAUCAUCAACCAAAACCAAUAUGUAAAAUGUGAAAAGUUUAGGUACUAAAAUGUCAUAAUGAAAAAUUUUAGGUACCAAAACCUAAUUUUCCAAUGAUAUUUUUUGUAUAAAAAAUUAAAUUUUGGGUACCAAAAUGUAAAAUAUAAAAAGUAUAGGUACCAAAUGUAAUUUGUCAUUUGGAUCCAUGAAUCUAUCAAUCCAAUUGGAUUAGGUGGACAUUUUUAAUGGGUUGGUUGAUUGGAUUGGUGGAUUAGAUUGAGAAUUGCCACCUCUAUCUGGAACCAUAUCCAGUUUAUCUAAAGAGGCAUGGUAAAACAUUGAUUUAUCUCCCCACCAUUUCCAUUUGUAUAGCAAUUUGGUGCUUAGUUCAGUUUUUGUCGUAGAGGCACGGACUACCGGCGUUUGAAUGAAGUUAUUUAUAGGAGUCGCAUGCACAGUCUAAGGAUGGUGUGCUUGAUUCCAUGAUUUUGAUUCCAUGAUUUUUGUACUGAAUCUUUAUUCGUCGCCCUAAAAUUUAAAUUUUGUCGCCCUAAAACCCAACAAAUUGACAUAUUUACCCUCAACCCAAUUUCUAUCCACCCAAACAAUCUCCUAUCUCUUCCCUACCUAAAUUCGCCGCCAGCAACUACUCCCACCCCCACCCUCAUCGACCGCCCACCCAAAUCCCCUCCAACCCCAGACCCCAAUCCUUCCCGCCGACCAAAUUCCCUCCAUAACCCAAAUUCGACGCCCACCCCAAUCACAAAGUUGUCAUCGACCACAGGGAGAAAGAUGAAGGCAGACGAAGCGGACGAGAAUUCAGAAUACUAUUUGUCUCCUAAGUCCUACCGCCGUUGCUAAUCGACCAGUGUCGCUGCCAGAAAGAAGACGACGACCAAUGCCACGAGGAUGAUUUUUUUUAUUAUUAUUAUUAUGUUGCCGCGGCGGACGUACCUGUCGCCGGCGACUUUUCAACCCGGUCACCGCUGUUGAAGACAAGUCGAAUUGAUUUAAAAAAAAUUGCUAUUGGAAUUAUUAAUUAACUAUUACAAAUAUACCAAGUUUGGUCUAAAUUGCAAGUUUGGUCACUAGAAUUACUUAAAAAUUUCACGUUUGCCACUAAAAUUAAUUUAUUCCAUUCGUAGUCACUUAAAUUGGGUUAACAGUUCAAGUUUGGUCACUGGCCGUUAGUCUCCGUUAACUUUUGCUGAAGUGGCGGUCAACUCUUAUAAUUGACCGUUAAAUAAGUGACGUGGCAAUUAAAAAAUAAUAAAAUAUAAUUAUUUUU